AGUGCUGCUGUCUACGAGGAGUGCGUUUGAUUGUUGCAGGGCUCAAUGGCGGACGGAGCUGGGUAGUCGUUUAGCACCGAGGACAAUAACAGCAGCAGUAUUUUCUCUGGAGGCGCGACUCUGUCCGCUGCUGCGUGCUCCUACGGGGCGUCAGUAACGUGUGCUGGGCCCGCUGAAACACACGGACCAACGUCUGUCCUCUUUGCUGAUCCUCUCCAUUUCCAAGUGCUAAGAAGUUCACACUGCUCAUGGUGGCUCAGUGAGGCAGCUAGCUAACGAGCAAACCAUGGGGGACUCUCUUGAACUGAUAGGGAAGCGCCUGCUCUUGCACCUGGGAGACGGUAGGUCCGCGAAUGGGUCGGAGCCGAAGCUGGUGACACAGGAGCGGGACUGGCUGCGGGGCACGGUCCGCGCAGUCAGCGUCAUGGGUCUGGGUGCACCGGAGACGAGCGGCGGAGAGGGGACAACAACCUCCGCUGCAGGACUCACGGUGUUUGUUGAGUUUGAGAAUGCCACACAGCGCUGGUCAUGGGUGAAGGUGUAUGGUGAAGGGGUGAAGGCUGUGCUGCUGGAGGACACUGUUGUUUGGGCGUCAUAUCGCAAUGGGACUGGAGCAACAGGGUCCACAGCUGUUGUGUGGCCAGCUCUUGCUUUUCGCUCCUUGGUGGACAGAGUGGGGUUAGGAUCACUUGUUCCUGUGAUGUAUUUUGCACAUAACAAUUUGGACUUCCUACCUGAUAAAAACUCAAUUCAGAGGUUUGAGAUUGAAAAGGAUAUUAGACACCCCAUGUUGUUGGAGAACCCUUCACUUCAUGCUGCCAUUUCCAGCUGGUGUAAUGAUUUUGAACUACAAGAGAUCUUUAGGAAGGGAUCAUACACCAUCCAAGGACGCAGAGUUCGUGUGUACCAGCCUGAAUUUGAAGAGUGCUGGGCUUUGGGGCUAGUUUCACAACAUGACCCUGUCUCACACAUUAUGGAGAUUACUUUAGACAAGGGAAAAGAACCGCAAACGGUGGAUCCUCGUGUUAUUCAUGUGAUGUUGGUUGGAGAUGAGAUUGCCAAAAAUGGACGGAAAUGCAGUGAAACAAUGAAAGGUGAUAGUGGGCGCAGACGGAGGACUGCCUCAGAAACUGAGGACGACUUGAAUCUCAAGCGUUUUAAAGGAGCAGCUGAGGGGCGGAGCAGUGUCCCCCAGGAGGGAGUGGGUAUGUGGGGCAGUGACUCUGGAGUCAGCAGCACUACUAAAAAUGGGGGCUCCAUUGAUGGAAAUGUACCCAAAGUAUUGUCCCCUCAUCUCGCAUUUCCAGGACAUAUUAAAGAAAAUGGACGCCUACAUGUAUCGCAUGGUGCGGCAGACUCCACUUCAAACCCAGCUCACACUGCAGUCCCCCCUCCCCUCAAACCGGCACCUUCCCCCUUCUCCACCACCUCUUUCCCUUCUCUGGGGCAGAUGCCGAGCCUGGUCCCUGGAGCUCCGGCUCCUAAGCCGCCACCCUCAGUGCAGCCAGAGAGAGAGGACCUGACUCAGUCUGCGUUCACUAAAACAACUCCACAGGUCUCCCCGGGGCCCGUGUCCAUCUCCUGGUCUGCACAGGACAGCAGCCAGAGUGUCGCACUUUCUGCGUCUGCAGCUUACACUAAAGCUCCUUCCUGGGGAACACCCACUGAGAAUUCGAAGGCUCUGGGUUUUCGUGUCCCACAACAAGCUUCAAGUGUGUUUGGAGAGAGUAAUUCUCAACUGAAUGGAGCCACUCCCGCAACUACACCGGACUCAUCCAGACCCUUUGGGUUUGGGUUUGGGACUGCAAAAAAUGGGACUCAACCAGAUCAAAAUUUGUUUAUGCAGUGUAUGAACUCAGGCUCGACCUCAAGUCUAAUGUCAGGUCCAGCCAAGGACACCAAUUACUUCACAGCAAUCUCUGAGAGCCUUAACAAGGACCCCCUGACCCUGUUCAAACCAGGGAACGAUGGACUGAAGAAGCAAGAGCAAUCUAAAGUGCCUGAGAACCAUUCAGCGGGAAAUGGGGUGCUCAACACUUCUGUAGCAUUCCCGACUGUUCCCACUCUGGGCAAAAAUGUUGCUCCUUCUGCAGCUCAAGCCGCUUCUAAGAGAAAUGCCAAUAAUGGAUCCGUAGGUGGGACUGUGUCACAGACUGGCUUUAACGUUACAGAGAACCACCAGAACCUUUUUCUACAAGGCACAAAUGACUCCACAAACCCUUUUCUAACCUCAUCCUCCCACACAGCCUUUGCUGAUCUUUCUGGUACUAACCUUCAGACUUCUUCAGACAGUAAGCCAAAUCUCUUCACAAUGACUGAACCCCCUAAAGCCAUCAUUACAUCCCAGUUUCCUGCCAGUUCAUCUUUACCCAACACGCCCUCCACUUCAGCACCAAUCCCAUCUCAGAGACCACAGAGUGACAAUAGUGUCUCUAAGGAGUCAUCGCAGGAGACACCUCUCCCUUCGUCCACGUCAGGGGACACCGGGCCUGACAGUUCUGGUCCCAGUGCCAUGGCGGACGAGCCUGUGUCUUUUGACCAGCCACAGAAGUUUGAGGAAAGAGGCCAGUCGUCUAAACGAGACUCUGAGUCCAGCGACAACAGUGACCUGUCCGAUCUGAGCGAGAAUGAGGAGGGACCAGAGAAGGGCCGUGGGCCAGACCAGCCCCAGGAGGCUGACAGCGUGCAGCAAAAGAGCAAAGCAGCAGCCAAAAGCCGCCCUCGGAACAAAUCUAUCAAAGUGGGCCAGUCAGUGCUCAAAGACCAGAGCAAGGUGCGUCGUUUGAAACAGUCUGGAGAGUCCUUCCUUCAGGAUGGCUCCUGUAUCAAUGUGGCUCCUCAUCUGCACAAAUGCCGUGAGUGUCGUCUGGAAAGAUACCGAAAAUAUCGCAAUGGGGACGAAGACAGUGACGAGGAAGAUGACCCCAAUGUAGCCUGCCGCUUUUUUCAUUUUAGAAGAUUGGCAUUCACUCGUAAAGGUAUACUCCGAGUUGAGGGUUUCCUCAGUCCCCAACAAAGUGACGCGAUGGCUAUGGGCCUUUGGCUGCCCAGCCCAGCAGUCCAGGAGGGUCUGGACCUGGACACAUCCAAGUACAUUUUGGCCAAUGUUGGAGACCAGUUUUGUCAGUUAGUCAUGUCUGAGAAGGAGGCAGUAAUGAUGGUUGAACCUCAUCAAAAAGUGGCAUGGAAGCGUGCAGUGAGAGGAGUCCGAGAAAUGUGUGAUGUUUGUGAAACCACUUUGUUCAACAUCCACUGGGUUUGUAGAAAGUGCGGUUUUGGGGUCUGUCUGGACUGCUAUCGGCUUCGCAGAAGCAAACCUCAAGAAGAUAUAGAGGAAAGCCUAGAAGAUGAGGUAUUUUCUUGGUUAAAGUGUGCCAAAGGCCAGCCACAUGAGCCACAAAAUCUCAUGCCCACACAGAUCAUUCCUGGGACAGCUUUGUACAACAUUGGAGAUAUGGUUCAUUCAGCGAGAGGCAAGUGGGGUAUUAAGGCCAACUGUCCUUGUACCAGUCGACACACAAAGUCUCUAGUGCGCCCUUGUGCCCCCAACGGGAUUUCACAGUCUGCAGUACACAGUGGCAGUACUGCUCCAAAAGCGGAAGUCGAAGUAUCAUCCAAACUAGAGCCAGAACCGGGCAUCUCAGAGAGCUCCUCUGCAGAGACUGUGAGCAGUUCUAGCUCCAGCAGUAGCACCUCCACACCUCAUCCACAUGCCCAGGCCUCCACUAAAGAGCCCCGCCCAGCAGAGGGCAACAGCUCCGCUCUGCACUGGCUAGCAGACCUGGCUGCACAAAAGUCUAAGGAUGACUCCAAGGAAUCUGGUUCCCUGCGCUCCAUGAUGAGUCGAGAAAGUCGCCCUCCUUUUGGUCUGGACUCACUUGGUGCCCUGUCAAAGCCUUCUGCGUCCAGUCCAAAGCUGUUUAACAGUCUGCUGUUGGGCUCCAGUGCAUCACAGUCCAAACCAGAGGGCUCCAGUCUGAGAGACCUGCUCAACUCUGGCCCAGGAAAACUGCAGCAGGGGCCAGGGGACAGUGGUGUGCCAUUCCCCUCUGUCUUUACCUCAGCAGGGAGUGAUAAAAUGAAGAGUAGCUUGCCAAACUUUCUGGACCACAUUAUCGCCUCAGUUGUAGAGACGAAGAAGGCCGAAGGGCGGCGCAGCGGGAGCUCAGAAGGGGGGGAGAUGAGUGUUUUAGGGGGCCGCAAGGACGGAGUGAUUGGACUUAGUGUUUUGGAACCUCACACCUCACACACGUGGCUUUGCGAUGGCCGCCUACUGUGCUUACAAGAUCCUGGGAACAGCAACAACUGGAAGAUCUUCAGAGAAUGCUGGAAACAGGGUCAACCCGUGUUGGUAUCUGGAAUACACAAACGCCUGAAAUCUGAGCUGUGGCGACCAGAAGCCUUCAGUGAGGAGUUUGGAGACCAGGAUGUUGACCUGGUCAACUGUAGAAACUGUGCUAUAAUCUCGGACGUAAAGGUGCGCGACUUCUGGGACGGCUUCCAAGUCCUCAACAGUGAGUGCACACAGCUUACAUUUACGUUUCUCUUCAUGUGUCCUGGUCGGAUAGUUGCAUUUUGUUUUGUGACUGCAGAGCGUCUGCAGGAUAAUGAGGGCAAUCCUAUGGUGCUGAAAUUAAAAGAUUGGCCUCCAGGAGAGGACUUCAGAGAUAUGAUGCCAACACGAUUUGAUGAUUUGAUGGAAAACCUUCCCCUACCUGAAUACACAAAAAGAGAUGGUCGUCUAAACUUGGCUGCCCGCCUGCCCAACUUUUUUGUCCGCCCCGACCUUGGGCCCAAAAUGUACAACGCCUAUGGCUUGACAUCUACAGAGGACCGGAAAGUGGGCACCACUAACCUCCAUCUGGAUGUGUCUGAUGCUGUUAAUGUCAUGGUAUAUGUGGGCAUUCCUCAAGGGGACACAGAGUCAGAGCAAGAGGCUGAUUUGUCUGGACGCCAAGAGGUCAUUGCCACCAUUGAAGAAGGUGAUGUGGAUGAGAUGACGAAGAGGAGGGUGUACGAGGGGAAGGACAAACCUGGAGCUCUGUGGCACAUCUAUGCUGCUAAAGACGCAGAGAAGAUCCGAGAACUGCUCCGCAAGGUGGGCGAUGAGCAAGGUCAAGAGAACCCGCCAGACCACGACCCCAUUCAUGAUCAGAGCUGGUACUUGGAUCAAGUGCUCCGGCGCAGACUCUAUGAAGAAUAUGGGGUUCAGGGAUGGGCCAUUGUACAGUUCUUAGGAGAUGCCGUAUUUAUCCCUGCGGGGGCUCCUCACCAGGUCCACAAUUUGUACAGUUGUAUUAAAGUGGCGGAGGACUUUGUAUCUCCUGAACAUGUGAGGCAUUGUUUCAGACUGACACAGGAGUUUAGACACCUGUCCACCACUCACACAAACCACGAAGACAAGCUACAGGUGAAGAACAUCAUCUAUCAUGCAGUGAAGGACGCUGUGGGGACAUUAAAAGCCCAUGAAUCUAAACUAACUCGUCCUUAGGCCCUCUGUCCCAGGACGACCAACCUCUGCACCGCUCUUACUACACCUCAUACUGACAGUACCACAGUGACAUAUUUACAGGCUACAGACUACAGGACUAGAAUGUAGGUUUUCAGGGGGUGGGGCUAUAAAGAUUGGGGUGGAAAAAAAAGAGCAUAUUUGUUUUUGGCUCUUGGAUGAAGGAAUUCCUUUAUCAACAUAAAAUAUAUGCUCUUACUUGUCUAGUUGUUUUUUAAUUUGUUUUUGUUAACUCUGUAUUUAAGGUCAGUGUGUUUGUUCUGUUGUUAUUGUGUAAGUAAGAUGUGAAGGGAUGUAAGAGAGCAUUGCAACCACACAGGAGACUGGGAUAAAGCACGUACUGGACUAACUGAGUUUAUUGCCUACGUAGGUUCAAGGCUAACCCCUUUUGUAGACUUUUAAGUUUUAAGUGGCUGAGUGUUUCUGCCCACAGUGGCCUAAAUGAAAAUGAGAAACGAAGGGAUUCAGACCAAAGUUUUGUAUUUUGAGUUUUCUUAUUUCACUUUUUAUACGCCUGACAUGAGUGAUCACAAAAUUAUAUACAGGAGAAACAUUUAAGGAAUGGUUUAAAUCAACCAUUAUUUUCACAUGGGCUGAACUAUAUACAGACUUUCAACCAAUUCAAAACACAAUUUCAGCUGAACAGAACUACUGGCCAUUUACAUUGUAUCAAUAUAUAUAUUGAUCUUAGCGGUCUCUUUGAUUUUUCACAAUAAAGUUUACAAAAAUGUUAA